AUGAUGAGCAGUGUCGAUAUUCAAAUAAAUGAUAUUGAUUAUGAUUCAUUGUUUGGUGGAUUUGAUACAAUUUCAAAUAAUACUACAUCGCCAACAACUGAAAAUGAUUCGGACAGUCGAAUAUCAGAUACACCACCAAUGACUGCUGAAUUGAAUAAUAAUUUUGAUAUUUGGCCCUGGAAUAUGGAUAGUCCACUUUCGGAUGAUCCAAAUGGUGAAAAUUAUGAUUUCAAUGCAUUGAUUAAUGAUCAAAAUUCAUUACUGCUUGCUGAGGCUUUAACUGAUUCAGACAACUCAACACUUGAUGAUUUUCUUGCUUCAUUUGAAUUACCUGAACAACAAAAUGUAGAAACAUUACAACAAAUACCAUCACUUUCACCUUCAUCAAUACCAAAUCCUUAUCCAUCACCUCCUCCAUCAUCUAAUUUUAUUCCUUCUACACCGACAAUAUCAGCUCAACGACCAUUAAUUUUACCGAAACCUAUAACAACAUCAUCAGUAAAUCAAACUAAUUUUUCACAACAACAAAUAACUAAUUGUGUUAAACUUCAAUCAUAUGCUGCUACGGCAUCAACUGGAGGAAAAUGUGUUAAAAUUGAACCAGUAAUCAAUACAACACCCCCAACACUACCAUCACCAGCUAAUAUAACGAUAAUUACAACAUCAAAACCUAUUACUGUUGCAAAAGUACCUGUGAUUAAAAUGCCAUUAACAACAACAGCAACACCAAUUACGAUUGUUAAAACAGAAGCUGAACCUGUUACAACAACAAAUGUUAAACGUAUUGCCACAGUUUAUCCAAAUAAUAUUAAUACGAAUACUGAUAAUUCAUCAGUAUUAAAAACAAUAAAUGGUAAUAAUUCAAUGACAUCACCACCAGCUAAACGACGACGUUCAGAAAGUUCAACAAAUCAUCAACAAUUACCAAUGCAAUCAUCAGAAGUAACAACAUUAACACUUGAUCAACUUAAAGUUCAAUAUGGAAAUGCUAGCGAAGAAGCAUUGAAGAAACAUCUUCGUAUGAUUAAAAAUCGUGAAUCAGCAUCACUUUCACGAAAACGACGAAAACAGUUGAUGGAAAAUCUUGAAGUUAAAGUGAAAGAAUUAUCAGAUGAAAAUGAACGAUUAAAAAGUGAAAAUACAAAAUUACUUACACGUAUUCAUACAUUAGAAAUGGAGAAUGAACUUUUAAAAACAUAUAAAAUUGGUAAUGGAGUUACAUCACCACGUGCUCGUAAACCAUUGAUACUUAUGGGUAUUGUUCUUUUGGUUGUUUUUAAUAUAUUUACACUCAAAUCGCUUUCACCUAUUUCAAAUGAUCAGUCGAAUUCUGUUGCUUUAUAUAAUGGUUAUAAUGGUGAAGGGACAAUUGUUCGUGGUCGAACAAUUCUUAGUGCUCGUCGUAGUAGUAAUGAUGAUUCAUAUGUAGCUAGUAGUGAACAUGAUGAUAACUCAGGUGGGAAUGGGAAUAAUAAUAAUUCUACACUUUUUACAACCUAUCCUUAUUUACAAUGUGUGGCAUAUAUUAAUAAAACACAUUCACAGCGAAUCAAUCAAGAACUUCAUUCUUGGGUUCAAGAUCAUUAUCGAAAACAAGCAAAUACUGAUAAUAGUAAAUCGAUUACAAUACCUGACUCGAAUUCUAUAAGUAUUUCAACAAAUCCUGAUAUGACAACUGUGACAGAUUCUAAUGAUCAACAACAUAUACCAAGAAAAGUUGCACUUCUUAAUCGACGAUCAUCGAAAACACAAUCGACAACUAAAGGUCAACUUCAACCAUAUAAAGGAUAUGAACCUAAUUAUGAAGAUUUUAUUCAUGCAAUUGAUAGAAGAAAUGAUACACUUUAUUUUGUAUCAUUCAAACGAGAUCAUCUCAUCCUUCCUGCCACGGUAACAAAUCAAACUCAACGACCAAAAAUGUCUUUAAUUUUACCAGCAUCAAUUACACAUUUAAAUAAAUCAAUUCAUGUACCAGCUAAUCAUGUACCAAUGAUACAAAUUGAUUGUGAAGUUGAAGAUACAAAACUUGUUUUUGUAAAACGUGGUCAUAUUCCAUCAUUCUAUAGACAUGAUUUAUUUCGAUAUUAUUCAUCAGUUCCACAAACUGCUGUUUAA